CUGCCGCCAGCAGCCGCCCCGCGGAUCGUCAACAUCUCCGUGCUGCCUGGCCCAGCGCAUGCCUUCCGUGCGCUCUGCACAGCUGAAGGGGAGCCGCCGCCCGCGCUCUCCUGGUCUGGCCCCGCCCAGGGCAACGGCUCAGCUGCGGUGCAGGGCCCAGGUCAGGGUCACGGCCACCAGGUGACCGCUGAGCUGCCCACACUGGUCCACGACGGCCGUUACACGUGCACAGCCUCCAACAGCCUGGGCCGCGCCGAGGCCAGCGUCUACUUGUUCCGUUUCCAUGGCGCCUCCGGAGCCUCGGAGAUCACCCUCCUGCUCGGGGCGCUCGGCCUCAAGGCGCUGCUGCUCCUCGGCGUGCUGGCCGCUCGCGCUGCCCGCCACCAACUAG